CGCGCUGCAGCCUCGACUUGUGUGUAUUUUCUUAUAUAUAUCGAUAUAACGUAGCUACGAAUUUCGUAUAGCUAGCAAAAAAAGCUCUUUGUAAACAACCAAGUGCAGUUGUGACCACGAGCAGCAGGAGCAGCAGCAGCAUUAGUUGUGCCCGUGCUCGUGACCGCUAGUGCUUCAAGAGAGAGGGUGGGAGAGGGAGAGAGAGGGACGGACAGAGGAAGAGAGCAGUGUGCGCGAGUGUGCGGUACGAAUUAUUGGGCCCAGCAGGCGCCUCUGGUGCUCGAAUGCCCGAGCCCAGGCGUGCCAGUAUCAUCCUACAGACGACCGCCGCUGUGCAAAGUCAUCAACAGCAGCAGCAGCAGCACCAAAGCUCGCUUCAAAGCAGUAACGGUAGUAACGGAAGCGGCGGCGGCGGCGGCGGUCCCCCAGUAGUCGUAGUAGCAGCGCCGGUUGGAGCGCCGCCAGGCAGUAGCGCCUAUGCAGAUCAGGCCCCGGCGAGCAACGCCCCCCCGAACACGUCGACGACGAUCGGUCAAGCCGGUGGCAGCAGCGCGACGACGACGCCCACGACCACGGGCCUACCGGACGAGGUCAAGAUGGAGGCCGAGGAGCAGGUCCUCGCGCGAGAGUACGUCCAGGAGUUCGUGCUCGAUCACCUCGAGCCCGACGAGGUGAAACGCGAGAGCCUGGCCCAGCAGCUGCAGCACGCCAGCGUCAAGGUCAAGCCGCUGCUGACGGCCCUGGCGGUGAGGGGCGCCGCCGCCGCCGGCCCAGCGGCCGUCGAGUCCAAGCUGCUGCAGCUGCAUCACGGCUGCCUCGAGGGUGGCCCCUCGUCAUCGCUGCGUCAGCCCAGUCAGCUGGGGCCGCUCACCCCGCCCCAGCACGAGCUCGAGCAGCCGCUCUACGGCCAGCCCCAGCCGGGGGUGCUGGUCAAGCUGCCCUAUCAGGGGCCCGGGGGCACUCUGGCCGGUCUGCAGCAUCCGGGCACGCCGCCCGACACGCCGCCGGUCUCGGCCUCGCCUCCACCGGCUCUCCAGCAUCUGCAACGCCUCGAGCGACUGCAUCAUCCCCAUCAGCAGCAGCUGCAGAGCCACCACCACCAUCAGCAGCAGCAGCAGCAGCAGCAACACCAGCAACACCAGCAGCAGCACCAACAGCAGCUGCAGCAAGCCGAGGUCGUGCUGCCCGACGGCAUGCCUUGGCUCACUCAGAGCUUGCGACAGGAGCCCCUCGACCUGAGGCCCCACUGCCUGCAGGAUCAUCCGGACAGCGAUCCCUUGGCGUCGGACGGCGAGCACUGGCCGCCACCGCAUCACCAUCUGCCGGAUCUGGUGCAGCACCAUCAUCAUCACCAUCACCAUCCGGGCCCGGGACACACUCCCACUCACGGGGGCUCGCCCAGACACCCUCGGCACACAGGCGGCUACAUAAUGGGCGGCCACAUCGAGUACUACAACGGCGUCGGUUUGAACGGGCCCCCGGGAGGCAUGAUGCCGAUGCAGCUCGACGACCAGCAGAUGCAGUCCAUGCAGCCCAUGCACCCUUCCCAGCAGCAACAGCAGCAACAACAGCAACAGCAGCAGCAACAGCAGCUCCAGCAACCGGGCCGGCCGCUGAGCGUGUGCUCGGGCAGCUCGUGCGGGCCCAGCAGCGGCGCCAGUCCCCAGCUGUCGUCGCGCUCGAUGCACUGCUCGCUGCCCCAGAGCAGCCAGGACGACCUCGUGAACGACGACCUGCUGAUGUCGCUGUCGGUGCGCGACCUCAACAAGCGACUCCAGGGCUGUCCACGCGAAGAGAUCGUGCGUCUGAAGCUGAAGCGCAGGACCUUGAAGAAUCGGGGCUACGCGCAGAACUGCCGCAGCAAGCGCACCCAGCAGCGCGUCGAGCUCGAGACGGCCAAUCGCAGCCUCCAGCACGAGCUUGACGUGGUGAAGAUCGAGCUCGCGAGGGCCCAUCAGGAGCGCGACAUCUACAAGCAGAGGUACGAGGCCAUGCUUAGGUCGAGGCAUACCUUGCAGCAGCAGCAACAGCAGCCACCACCGCCUCAUCCACAGCAGCAGCAGCAGCAGCAACAGCCACCCCCGCCGCAUUCCCAGCAACAGCAGCAACAACAGGGAGGAGCCCCGAGUCCCGAAGUCUAUCUGUGACAGCGAUCACGCUGGACUUGAACUACCGCCACUACUACUGCCUGGGCUUGCGGUGAGUCCGACGUAUCGUAAAACAAAAAAAAACCCUGAGAUGAGGAGCACCUCCGUCCGACCGUAAUAACGCCGGCGGCUGCGGCAACUGAUGAGCGACACCACCAGGCCGUGUACUUUCUUUUUCCCUUUUACAUUGAUAUAAAUAAUAUAAAUAUGUCGAGUCGCAAGCUCCUUUUUAAUUCAUCCUCGAACGCUCGCAUCCCCCAAACGCUCAUACACAGACAAAUCGACACACUCAUACAUUUGUAUAGUAAACGCGCGAUAUAGCUAAUUUUGUUGCUACUUUCUAACGUAAGAUAAGAUAAAAAAUACAUUGUUAUACGAAUCGAACGCGCGUGCGAGACGUUUCUGCCCUUUUUCCACGAAAUCUACACGGAAACGUGACGACAAAAUAAAAGAUCCCGUCUCGAGUAUAAUACAAGAGUCCAGUGCGUAUAUAAUUGCAAUUCGGGCGAAAGCUCGCGCGAUAAUCGCGGUAUAGCCACGAACGACCAUGUGAAUGUGUUUUCGAGUCUGUAUAUAUAAUUAGCGAUAAAUCGGAAUACAAAGUAUAUAAUACAGUAUACAUUCACAUAUACACAUACACGCAGAGAUCGUGUAAGCUGCAAGCAAAGUUCAAAGUUAAAAAGCUGCGUAUCGUGCGCAGCAGCACACAUAUUAAUAUAGGCGCGUACGCGAGAUUGCCAAUGAAGAUUAUUAUGAAACUUGGUUUUCUCUCUCUCUCUCGGGUUUGCUACUGCACGUUAUACGAGAGCUUAUCAAUUACUUCUUAUCGACUCGAUAAAUGUGUACAAUAUAGCCUCGCGUCACCGAGCGUCGGAUUUAAUUUAUACAAACUUCGUUUUAUAUAUACGAGCGAGAAUUCAGAUAAGCUCAGAUGCGGCUCGUGCGUCUAAUAAACUUCCAAUCUGCAACAUUGUAUUUAUGCAUGCAGUGCGAGAGAGAGAAAGAAAGAGUCAAGUGUGAGAGUGAAGUGAGAAUGAGAGAGAGAGAGACAUCGCGCGCCUUUUUAAAGUCUACUUUAGUUUGACCUUUGCCCGUCGUAUACUUUAUAUUACUCACACACAUAUCGAACGCUCGCGCGCGCGGCUUCGCACUUUUUUUACGUGCGCACAAAUACAUAUACACACUGAUUGAGAGAUGACACUUUUUCUACUUCUUCAAAAAGUCGAAUUUUGACCUCUCUCUCUUUUACUCUCCAGCAAAGCGAGCGUCUCCUUUCAUAAAAAAGAGCUUUUUCCCCUAUUAGCGAAUCUUUCUCGAAAAUUAAUCAUAUAACGCGUAUACUUCCGUUGUAUAGAGUUGCAUCGAGAGUCGUAUCUUGGCUGUUAUACGUUUUUUUUGUGUAACGACUCCUCUGAUAUAAUUCCUAAAAAUUAGAGUAAUUAAGAGCUUUUUUGGUUUGUUAAGUUACCCGACUUAUAAGCGUGAUAAUUUAUGGUGCAAUAAGAAAAAAAAUAAAUAACAAAAGGAUGUAAAUUGUGUUUGUAAAUACUUGAGAGAGAAAAAAAAUUUGUUACACACGUCCUAUAUUGAAUCGUUUUAGAGAGAAGUAUUAUUUUGUCUAAAAAGAAGAGAAAAAAAAUUAUUAAGUUUCUCUAAAAAUAAGAUAGCAGUAGAAUCGGUCGACGAAUUAUAAAAUAAAAAAUAAAGCAGAAAAAAAUGAAAACAUAUAAUAAAGUUAACGCUGCGUCGCUGCAUUCGUCAUUCGGUACCAUUUUCCGAGCGAACGUUGACGUCGUCGUGCUCUUCUCUGCUCAUACACACGCACAUCGGGGACACGACACUGAUACUUACGCGCGACGUCGUUACGUUCGCUCGUUCGUUCGUCAAAUUUUUACAAAAUGCAUUUGUUGAUUAUUACAUUUGUUCGGAAUUGCGCAUCGAAUGUUUAUAACACGUAUUAAUAUACAUAUAAGUGUGAAAAAAAAUUAUAUUAUAUAACGAGAGAUACGUAUACAUCUAUCAUCGUGUAACAUACAUGUACAUACUAUGAAUACAUUAAAAAAGAAAAAGAGCAAAGAAAUACGUAUAUUAAUGCAUAUAGUAACGAUUAAAACGUUCCAACGAAAUCUUGACGUAAAUUAAAAAAUUACCUUAACGAUUAAUAAGAAAAACAAUAAAAAAGUUUUAAAACUAUAAAUAAAUAAUGGAAUUGUAAUUGAUAUAAUUGUAAUUGAUACUUGUAAUGUCAUAAACACACGAACACACGUACACACAUGAUAAUAAUCUAUUGUCGUUUUUCGUCGUAUUUCGGGGUCUAUGGAUGAUCCGCGACUGCGACGCAGAGAUAUUUUAAUUCGCGUUACAUAAUGUAUGUCGUCCAAUUUGUAAAUAAAGUUAAUUAUUCUUAUUAUUAUUAUGAUUAUUAUUAUGUACAAUUAACUAUUAUUUAAUUAAUAAAUAAAAAAAUGAUGAAUAAACGUCGAUGACGACUGUUUCAAAAUAA